GACAGGCAGUGGACUGGCGUCACACAAUCUGGCGUCAGAGCGGCGUGACGCGCUCGCGCUGCCCGCUCGAGCCAAAUGUGACUCAGAACCGCACAAUCUAUAAAACCAAGACGCUUCCUAAACAACGCACAUUUCAUAUCAAAUCCUCAGUGAAUCAACACGUCCAGUGCCCAAUCAAAUGUUUGUGAACGGUGUGCAAGUUAUCAGUUCAAGGUUGGAAAACAUUACUCUCGAUAUUUCAAAAAUGCAGCCGAAGCCAGAACGCCCGGUGGUCUCGAAGGCUGACGUGCCCAAGCUGCACCUCACGCCCUCGCACCUGAGCAGCACCAGGGUACAUUGCAGUCCAGAGCAGACCCUCAGCAACCCCUGUCUGCUGAAGCCCCAGCACGAGAUCCCGCCCACCCCACCGCCUCAAGCCAACACACAACCCCCAGAAUUCUUCCCCAAAAGAUUCGGAUAGGUUGUAAAUACAGUUAGCUGAAGGUAUACCAAAUAUUGUAAAUGGCAUCAUGCCAUGCUCCAGAGAUUGGGGUUCGGACUUUUUGCUAAAGUCAGACGGAAAUAUCUCGACCGGCGAUUGCGUCAAGCCGGGUCGAGUCCUGACGCAGGCGGGGAAAGUGGAACUAUAAACGAAUAUUUAUGUAUGUUUAUUUAUGAGUUUUCUAGGGUAAUGUUUGUGGAAAAUGAGAAUUUUUUCUAAAUGAAUUUAUGAGCUAGGAAGUAAACGUGACAAUAUUGUUUGUAUUUUUAAAUGUGACAAACUACACGCGAGUCCGCGUUGAUCUAUGUGUGACAAUAAUAAAAAGACUUGGAAGUGGAUUCCUAUUCAAGUGUAAAUAACCAUUUUUAAUAAGUUUUAAGUAUAAGUUUAUGCGUAAUAAACAUUAUUUGAAACAAA